AUGCCGUCAACGAGGCCUUGCGCGGCUUUCGAGCCUAUCUCGCCCGACUUCAAUGUCAAGGCGCUCGUCGAGAGCACGCCGAACUUUCAAUGGGUAGUAAGGAUCGACUGCGAUAUGAUCGAUCAUCAAGGCGUCGAGGCAUUCGAGAAAUUGGUUCUAAUCCAUGUCAUAUUGGGAGGCAAGCCUCUCGUCGUCGAAGGCUACGACCGCCGCCUCGACCGGUGGACUUUCGCUGUGCAAUGGCUGCGCGACAACCAUGGCACCAAGGUCGAGAAUCCUAGAGAUCUGACCAAGAAAGCCUCCGUGCCCAUGACGUUCGCGCAUUACCUGAACCAUAUGGCGCUGCUCACGGAUCAAUGGACUAGCACAAACUACAAGGAUCCUCAACGACAGCGAAUAUAUCUGAAGGACAUCGACUGUCCGCCGCUUUGGCACGAUAAGUUGCAGUCCGUACUGCCACCUUUCCUGUACUACCUGAACGAUACCACUGGCGAUGUCGGCGGCUUCGGCGCAGUCGACCAGACCGAUGCACGCGGCGAGACCCGUAAAGGCAAAGGCAUCGCGAAGGCUGGUGAUCUGAUGAGCUGUUUACCAAAAGAGAUGCGCGCUGAAAAUAUGAUGUGCUACAUUGGCCACGAAGGAACAUACACACCCUCUCACAGAGAGAUGUGUGCCAGUCUGGGACAAAAUAUCAUGGUUGAGGCAUCCACAGGGUUGAUUGAAGACGGCAAGCCCACGAAGCCGGGCUCCUCGUUGUGGUUCAUGACCGAGAACAAAGAGCGAGAAGUUGUUGCUGAAUACUGGCUCUCGCGUCUCGGCCAUGACAUCGAAGUCGAGAACCACUUUGCUCAAAUCAAUGCUUGGAAGAAUGCGCCAUUUACUACGUACGUAGUAGAGCAGCGCCCUGGUGACCUGAUCCUGAUUCCACCUCUUGCUCCGCACCAGGUCUGGAAUCGCGGUACACGGACAAUGAAAGUUGCUUGGAACCGAACGACAAUUGAGACGCUGGAGAUGGCCAUGAACGAAGCUCUCCCGAAGGCCAGAAUGGUUUGCCGCGAUGAGCAGUACAAGAACAAGGCGAUAUCAUUUUUCGCUUUGCAAAAUUACUCAAAGUUACUGAAGCUUGCUGACAAGCACGGGCAGAGCAGCAGGAGUAACGCAAAGAAGACGAAGAGUGACACGAAGGUCCGACAGCUCGAAAAGGACUUCCGGCGUCUGCACUCGCUGUUUACUCAAACAUUAGUUUCCGAGAGCUUCCUACCCGAAAAGCAGGAGAAGUGCGAAAUGGUCCCAUUCGAGGGCUUCAUUACCUGCUCGUACUGCAGGUGCAACAUUUUCAAUCGCUUCCUCACCUGCCCGACCUGCAUCCUCCGAAACGGCCCUGAAGAAGACACGUACGAUAUCUGCCUCGAUUGUUAUGCGAUGGGCCGAAGCUGCGAGUGUAUUUCACGAUUACAAUGGGUUGAGCAAUUCCCGUGGCCAGAGCUCAUUCAGAAGCAUGAGACUUGGCGGCAUCAGAUUCUAGCGUACGAGGGCAAGGUCAAUGAGAAGUCGCCAAUGUCCCUGAAAGUUGAGCUACAACGUCUCGGUAGAAAGCGAACACUGGCUCAGAUAUGUCAAUUGGCACUCCGUCAACGUCCGUGGCGUGACCGAAAGAAGCCACCUCCUGUUCCUGAAGGUGUCGAACGCCUCGAGGAAGUCGAAGUCGAUGCUAAUGGUAACAUCAAGAAGAAAAAGAAGGUCAAGCGUUCUGACAAAUUCGUUCGCGAGCAUGCGCAGUGCCAUAUUGACAAGCAUUGGGAGCCAAAGUGGAAGCAAGCAAAAUGUAGCAACUGCGGCAAGAGCUGGUGCUAUGGUGUUCUGUUCAGAGGCUAUGAUAUGAUGCCACAAGAUAUCAUGGCUGACCCCGACUGGGCCUGUCCGAGUUGCAGAGGUAUCUGCGGCUGCAGAGCAUGCCGAACUAAGUCAAAUUAUCAUCCAUACACUCCUUCUGGCACACGACUUGGCCACAACACCAAAGCUGUGGCAGAUAUACGCUCCGUGGAAAGCCUCGUCGAUUUCAGCUUCUCGAACCUUGGCUGGAUUCAAAAAUCGGGCGACGACAACGGUGAUGAUACCCGUCGGCUUAAGAGACGGCGUUUGGAAGCAGAUACCGCACAAGCUCAGACCACACAGCUUGGAGAGGACUACGCCGAAGACCAGGACCAUCAGGUCGAGGAUGACCUCCUCCGCUUGGCCGAGCAAGAAGGCAUUCCAAUCGACCCUGCGUUGGCUGCCGUCGCCGGCAAUGGUCCGCCAUCUCCGGAUUCUGCGGCCGAAGAAGAUAUGUUUGACGAAAACCCCGAAGGGCGAGCAAGUGACUUCGGGCAAGCCGUUAUGGCUCCACAGUUCGUGAUUCCUGACGGAGGUGUUCUACGAGACGAGGGCCGAACCUACCAGUACGACUUCACUGACACCAUCACGUACGACUAUCCCGAUCCGACUGCUGUAGUUGCACAGCCUAUCCCAGAAGACGACGAGCCUGCCCGGGAAAAUGGUCAUGGCGCAGGUGAUCCGGACGAUGAUCACAUCGAGAUGGUGAGCCGGAAGCGGAAGCGUAAGCUCGAUGAGGGCGAGAGAGCGUUCAACUACAACAAGUCGAUCAACCUGUCGUCCGCUAAGAAAGCGAAACCUAAGAAACAAACAAAUUCGCUUAUUGUGAAAUUGCCAAUUAGCAGGGAGAAGCUGGCGGAGAUCGAGAAGUCAAUGAUUGCGCAACGCGCGUUAGACGACCUCGGACCUGCGCCAGCAGCACUCAGCUCAGAUCUCCAAGCUCUCAAUAAUAUCGUUCCGAACGUGGAGGGUCAACCUGCGCCGAAGAAAGCUCGGCCGGAUGUGGUCGUUGUCGAUCGUGACACCGAAUAUGCACCAAGCCGGCGAAGAAAUCGACGAAAGCCUGGCCCUGAUGGAACACUCCAGCCGCGUACAGACGAUGUCACCCGUCGACAGACCAGAAUGCAUGCCGUCACCUAUGAGGAACCAUCAGACGGGGAAGAGUUCAACGAGAUAGUCGAGCCGAAGACGAAGGGCGCCGUUGCUGACGUCGGUGCCGAGAACAGCAAGCUCACAACCAUGGAGGGUGCCAUCGACAUCGAUGACAUCGGCUCUGACGAUGACAUUACUGGCACAGAUCGAGGCGAUUCGACGCCAGAACCGUCUGAUCGUCCUAUAUCGGUGUUACGACCUGUUACAUCUUCGUCGCUCAAUAUUGGUCAGGCCGUUGACACACCAACUACGAGUAUAAGCCGAGAGCCGACUCCUGCACAGACUUCGCGGCCUUCGACUGCUACAGCCACCCAGUCGGCUCAGGCCAAGGCGCUUGCAGCAGCUGCUGCGAAUCGCAAAGCUAAGAUGGCUCUAGAGGAUGACUUCUCCGAUGAUUUUGAUGAUGAGUUCUCUGACCAGGAAGUAGCGCCCCCUCCAAAGCAAAAUGCUACGAAGAAGGCCGCGCCAGCAUCAUCAGGUCGAGCUUCCCCUGCUGACAGCUUCGCAACUGCGCCUCCGGCGGACGUGUUGACUACGGACGUUGUAAUUGGAGAAGCCUCUGCUGUGCAAGCGUGCGUGUCUACGUCGCCACCGGCUCCAGUUGUUGCUCCAGCGUCUAAACAGUCUGCAGUAGUUUCACACUCUGCUGCAGCAGCAGCACAGAAACCAAAGACAAAAAUAAUGACUGCAGACGACUGGAGCGAUUCGGACACAGACGCAUCCGAGAUAGCUUUUGGUAGUGCCCAAAAGGCGUCUCCAGUGGCCACUUCUGCAUAUAGCGGGUCUGGCUGGGCGGCGGUGAACGGCACAACGAAUGGCGUUAAGCGCGGCCAGAUGGGUGUUGGCAGAGGGCGUGGUCGAGGUCGAGGUCGAGGACGAGGACGAGGCCGCGGUGCAAUCUAUGCUUGA